AUUCCAUAUUUGUGGGCCUUGUAGCUUAAUUUCUAUGUAGUCUUUUAGGCCCAAUACACAAUCCAAACACAUAAACCCUAAAAAGCCAAUUUCCACAUUUCCCCCAAUUCCAUUUCGCCGUCUUCGAAACGAAUCCACAGAACAAACGGUUUUGAAGCGAAGAUGAGUCGAGGAGCAGUAACAAAGGGCGGGAAGAAGAAAACGGCGACGUUUGUGAUCGAUUGUGGAAAGCCGGUGGAGGAUAAGAUCAUGGAGAUUGCGUCGCUGGAGAAGUUUCUUCAGGAGAGGAUUAAGGUUGGAGGUAAAGCUGGUAAUUUAGGGGAUUCUGUUACGAUUUCUCGUGAGAAGAAUAAGAUCUCUGUUACUGCUGAUAGCAACUUCUCUAAAAGGUACCUGAAGUACUUGACAAAGAAAUACUUGAAGAAGCACAAUGUGCGAGAUUGGCUUCGUGUGAUCGCUUCCAACAAAGAGCGCAACGUUUACGAGUUAAGAUACUUCAACAUUGCCGAGAAUGAGGGUGAAGAGGAAGACUGAGCAGAGCAGGUUGUGGUUGUUUUAUGAUAUAUUUAAAGACUUGUUAUUGUUUCGACUUUUAAAUAUUAUUUUGCAGUCAAAAUUCUCGUUUAUGUGCUUUAGCCUGUUACACAUAACCCAAGUUUUGUUGCAAUGUUAAACUUCCUCAUAGUUCUAUGAGGUGCAAAUUUUUGAAA